ACUCGGGUGGCAAACGUUGGCGACGAUGUUGUGGCUGUCCACGCCGCCGAUAACUAUCUCUACGGCCGACACAGUCCGCGGCGGUGUGGAAUGAGGGUGAGCUCGUCCACGCAUGGAGUUGUGCCGGCCACGCUGGAAAUGUCGCAGCCCGCCAGCCAAGGCGGCGAGCCCGUGAAUGUGGGCGACGGCGACUACGAGAGCCUGCCGCCUCACGUCUCGGUGACGACGCACAUGACAGCGGGCGCCGUGGCCGGAGUGCUGGAGCACACCGUCAUGUACCCCGUGGACUCGGUCAAGACAAGGAUGCAGAGCCUGCAGCCUGACCCCAACGCCCAGUAUAGAGGUGUGUACGAAGCCCUGAAAAGGAUCAUCCGCACGGAGGGCUUCUUCAGACCGCUCAGGGGUCUCAACAUCACCAUGAUGGGCGCCGGUCCCGCCCACGCGCUUUACUUUGCCUGCUAUGAACGAGUCAAGCGCUCCCUGAGUGACACCAUUCAAAAUGGAGGCAAUAGCCAUCUGGCCAACGGUAUUGCUGGCAGUGUGGCCACUGUCCUCCAUGAUGCCAUCAUGAACCCUGCAGAAGUGGUGAAGCAGAGGAUGCAAAUGUACAAGUCGCCCUAUCGUGGACUUUGGGACUGCGUGAGGACGGUGACGCGCACGGAGGGCACGGGCGCUUUCUACCGCAGCUACAGCACACAGCUGACCAUGAACGUCCCCUUCCAGGCCGUCCACUUCAUCACCUACGAGACCAUGCAGGAGUGGCUGAACCCCCACAGACACUACCACCCCGGCAGCCACAUCGCGUCGGGGGCGGCGGCGGGCGCCAUCUCCGCCGCCGUCACCACGCCGCUGGACGUCUGCAAGACGCUGCUCAACACGCAGGAGAACGUGGCGCUCAGCUCGGUGAACGUCAGCGGCCACCUGAGCGGCAUGGCAAACGCCUUCAGGGCGGUGUACAAGCUGGGCGGGCCGGGGGCUUUCUUCAAAGGGGUGCAGGCCCGGGUCAUUUACCAGAUGCCCUCCACCGCCAUCGCUUGGUCCGUGUACGAGUUCUUCAAGUACUUCAUGACAAAGCGGGACUCGCGUCUUUUAAAGGGCGAGCAAACCUUCGAGGAAGUAACAAAAAAGUAACAUUUCUCCGGGUCGUCAAGUCGGGAGGAGUCUCCUUCAAAAGCAAAUGAAGUUCAGCCGGGCUAUUUAUUUAUUCGCCAGGCUCGUAUUUUCAUGGAGUGAAGAAACACAAAGCCGCUUCCUUCGUAUUUAUUGUCAACAAACCUUUCUUUUCACCCCCAUGGAAAGUAGGAAUCUUAUCUUCCAAGUGCCUCUUUAAUCUUUUUGAUUUGUUUCCAUUUGAAGCAAAGGCUCACUGUUGAAUCACGCACAAUCUAGUCUGCUAGACCGAGGGCAGCUAUGAGCUGGUCAAAUACACUGACCUUCCCAGUGAGCUGGUAGUGAACAUUUACGUUUCAGACCCUAUAUGAAACAUGGAAAUAUACCUUUUUACUCUUUUUUUUAAUUUUUUUUAAUAUAGACAUUCCUCCCACCAUGGGCAGGAAAAGCCAUAUUAAAGUGUUUGCUUGUGUAGAUUUUGUACAGAAGGCUGAAUCUUAUUAACCCACCAAAGACACGGUAUUAUAUAGAGUGGUAUUUUUCUAUGCAUCCGCUUUUUUAACCCGCCAUAUCCACUCCAUUAGUCGUCGUCCUCCACCGCACACCGAGGCUUAUUUUUUUAUUCCGUUUACAGCCACAAUGUGACGAGUGCGUGUUUCUUCCUUUUUAAAAUGUGCUGGGAAAACCUGCUCAAGUAACGAGGAGGAAAUGUUUUGUUGUCGUUUUAGGUUUUUCCAUCCAGAUGAAUGUUUGAGAUUCUUUGUUGUGUAGACUUUCUAUAAGCCAUACUAGCACAUGCAACAUAUCCCAUCAGCAAAUAGGAAUGUUUUUUUUGUUUUUUAAAGCUUUUUUUUUUUAAGCAGCUGCCUUCACUACUCUUGAAUACAAGUUACAAUGACCAUCACUCUACAUAAUUCUAAUCCCUUAUACAGAUCAGGACAGGUCGCCAGGUGCAAGAUAAGUGGAGGAUGGUUGUGUUUUUUAAUGUUUUUUGUUUUGUUUUUUUAUACAUGUAAAAUCUCUUUUUUGCUUCUUACGCACAAGCAGCGGCGAUAACAACCGGGCUGAAUUGUCCACAUGAAUGUCGUGAUAACAUGCAACCUUUGUGACAAGGCUGCUACAGUAUGUAACACUGGAGCUGAAAUAAACAUGCAAGUGACA